AUGGCACGUUUACCAGCAUUCCCUAUUUAUGAGGACGAUAUCCUGAUCGCGACCAAAACCAUCACACCGCCCCAGGGCAACGCGCCGCCCAGUCCGCCAACUUCCGGGCUUCCAGACUUCACUGGAGAUCCCGAUGUCAUGUAUUCCACCAGCGGAAAUUAUUUCCAAUCUGCGACCACAGUAUCCCCAGAGCGAGAGUUGGACCUUAGUGAUGAAUUUGGUGCAGACUGUGCAAGCCAGCGACAGGACUCCAGACCAUACCUAUCUCAACUUGCCGUCAAGGAAGAGCCUACCCAUGUCAGCGACAUAGAGAACAGGAGACCCUCGAAGUACGACACUAAACCGCCACCGCCUGUACCAAGUCAGAUUCCUAUGAUGGCUACGCCAACUUCCUCAUCACCAAUAACCGUUCGCAGAAACCCAAGACCUGAUCGCCCCGCGGCCACUCCUGCGCGUGGAAAACUUCCUGCUUCGAAGUCUGGGCAGUUGUCGGCGAAGUCUCAACCUGCAAGCAGCAGCAGGCAUCAAAAUCUGCAGACCGCGAGCAAUCUACGACCAGAAGUUGAGGAGGAUCCUGCCACCGAUCAUAGUGAUAUGGAGGAUGAUGAAAGCGCAGACGAGAAGGGAGACCACAUGCCGACUGAGCGUAACCUUAGAAAGAGGACUCUUCAACAGACGAACCCUUUCAAGUUCGAGAAGCACAAACACAUAGCACAGAAGACUGGGCAACAAACCAGCACGAAGAAAAUUGAAAACAAGGUGCAACAAGAGAUCGAGGGGAGUCAAAAGGAACCAGCGAAGAAAAAAGCCCGGGUCUCCAGUGGCAACUCGACCAAGAACAAGGCCAAAGCUUCUGCCUCCCACAAUCAGAGUGCCACCAAUGCACGUCGCUCCAGCUCGAUCCUGUCCACGGCCGUGUCGCCAGAGGCUAACAGCGACUAUGACUUUGAUCCAGUGAAAUCCAUCCUCCGUGUGAGAUUGGAUGGCUUUGCUGGUGCCGCUGCUCCGGUCUCUCUGGUACAAUGCGAUGGGCUUGACAAGCUGAUGGACUUCAUUAUCGCCAGCUGGGGAUGGAGGUUCAAUGGCGACCGUUUCUCCUACGCCGUGGCAUCUUUUCCAUGGCUGUCCGAUCAGUCAAACAUUCUACUCCGGCCGGGAAUGGAGGCCAGUUUCCAACUCAUGAUGGCCGAAAUUGAACGCGCCCCAGUGUGGACGGAAGGUCAUUGCACAAGCUGUGAGGUCGACGUGACAGUGUACGUACAAUGA